AACCAAAUUUUAUAUUAGUUGCUCCAUCGCAGAUACAUAGUUAAGUACGCAGUAAAUCUAGUUUUAUGUAGGAGAAAUGUAAUGAUAAAUGUGUAAUUAAACAAUAAUAAGUCCGCCGGAUAUUGUGAUGUUACUAUUAAUUUGACAACUUACUAAAUCUAUGUGUUCUACAGAUAUAAAUGGGUCUAUAAAUAUGUUAUAAAUGUUGCUAAAAAUUGUUAAAACACUACAAUAGCUACAAUGAAAAAGUAACGUGUCAUUAGUGUAAAUUGUAAUAAAUCAUAAUGUUUUGCAGAUGUUUUAUGAUCGGUAUAACACCGAUCAUGCAUACAUACGUACAAUUGUGUAUUCAAUCGUUCCUAUCCGUUAGUCAGAUUAUUUCAGAUGAUCUACAUAGUCGCCCAUCUGUACAAGUGAGAUUGCAUGGUGAAGGAAUCAACAAAAUACAUGAACUUGACAAUGAAUACCGAUAAACUAAUUUCCCGAAUAAUAGUUUUUCUAUUUUGUUGUGAAAUUCCUCAUUUCGUAGAGAGUUUUAAGCCAAUUUCAAGAGCGUGCAUUCCAAAACCGAGACGUGGAACUGACCAGUACAUCGUGGGCUAUGGAUCCUUGAUGAGUACUCCUUCUAAAAGCCGGACAUAUCCGAACACUUUGGAAAAUAUACCCGUAACAGUGAAAGGAUUUUCUCGGAGUUGGAACUGUAAAGGAGUUUCUCCAACGCUCUCCACAACUUAUUUGGGCGCAAACUGGGAUCCGAAAAAAUCAUUCAACGCAGUUAUAUUCAAAUUAGCCAACAGUUCGGGUGCUGAUGCUGAAAAAGCACUCAACGAUUUCGACAGACGAGAAUCGUAUUAUUGCCGAAAAGAGGUACCAGUGAAAGACAUUCAGUUUUUUGGAGGAAUAAAAAAUGUAUCAUCUUCAGCAGCAAGAAAUUCGCAGUACUGGAUUUAUGUUACGAAACCCGAAUACACAGCUUUUCCGUCAAAGAACUACCCUAUUGUACAAUCCUACGUUGAUGUUUGGCUAAGUGGAUGUUUUGAAUUGGAGGAGAAAUUUGAUUUAGAAGGGUUCGCAAAGCAAUGCAUAGAAAGCACGCAAGGUUGGUCAAAUAAUUGGGUCAAUGACAGAAUAUAUCCGAGAAGACCGUUUUUCUAUCAGCCGAAUGCACUAACUAUUGACAGGCUGCUUAUGGAGACUAUUCCAUCCAAGUAUUCCAAGAUUAACAACGGUGGGAGAAUAAAUGUCGGAGAUGUUAAUGUUCUGCUUGCACUGUUUGGUUUGGUACGCUAUUUUUGUAGCCAGUUAUAAUAAUACCAAGAAGUUUCAGCAGUUAUUUUAAUUCCAUUGUUGUUAAAAUUGUGUAAACUGUAUUUGAUAAAUGUUUGUGUCAUAAGACUUGAAGGUGUGCUUCAUUAUCAUUAAGUACAUAAGGUGGCAAUAAAGUCAUAAGUCUGUA